CCGGCAAGAGGCGGAAGUAGAAGCAAGGGGCUUGUGGAGGUGACCGAAUGGCAGAUAGCAGAAAACCUUUGGAAACAUUAGAUUAGCACUCAAGGUGAACAUAUUAUUUUCAGCUAACUGUGUAUAAACGUCGUCGGUGCCAAUGGGAGCUCACCUGGCCAGACGGUAUAUUACCGAGACGGACACCGAGCCGGACCCUUCGAAGAAGUAUGAGUUCGACCCGCAGAUGGGCUUCGCAGAGCGGAAAGAGAGAGAGAUGAUAGCGAGCCAGGAGCAGAUGAACUUGGCCCAGCUGCCUGUGGAGCAGAGGGACUACUGUGCCCAUCAUCUCCUAAAACUCAUGAAGUGUAAGAGGGACAACUGGCCCAACUUCCUGGCCUGCAAGCACGAGAGACAUGACUGGGAUUACUGUGAACACCAGGACUAUGUGAUGCGCAUGAAGGAGUACGAGAGGGAGAGGAGGCUCCAGCUGAGGAAGAAGAGAAUCGAGGCCAAGGCUGAAGCUGCAUAAUCAGUACAUCCUCUAAUUCUUCUUCUUUGUAUAUAUGAGCUGCUGUUCACAAUAAACAAUACUGUUUAAUCUUCA